AUGGCUCGAUUGUCGCUACGACUUUUUGCUUCGGCGGAGCGAGCGUUGUUUCAGAGCGAUAAAGGAGAACGUUUUCUGAAAGAGAUAAAACAGCGACUCGUUGCCGCAAAAUCCGGGCAACUUCAAGCAAAUUCAACGAGGAUAUCGUACUGGGAAGACAUCGAACACGAUGCAGCUCAUUUUCGAGUGAGCGCAAAAGAAAGCGACCAAUUGAGUCAGCUAUUAAAUGAAACUUCCGACCCAGAACUAAAAGCGUUGGCCCAAGAGGAUUUCCAAACGGUCGAGGCAAAAACGGACGAAAUUGCAGAACGACUGGCACAAGUGGCACUACCGAAAUCAGAAGCCGAUGUUUUGAAGAAAUGUCAGAUCGAAUUUGCUGCUGGCGCUGGCGGUCAAGAAGCGAUGCUCUUCACGGGGGAACUGCUCGAGAUGUACAGACGCUAUUCGGAGUGGAGAGGAUGGAAAUGGACGCCAUUUCAAAUAGAAGAUGUACCUCUUGGUGGAAUUCGUAGUGCGGCUGUUGCAGUCGAAGGAGAUGGUUGCUUUGCUGCGUUAAGAUUUGAAGCGGGUAUUCACCGUGUACAGAGGAUUCCACUCACAGACAAAUCUCGAAUGCACACUUCAACUUCUUCAGUUACUGUGCUUCCCGAGCCUGAUGAAAUUUCACUCAUUUUGCCACCCGACUCGCACUUGAAUCUACAGAUUGCCUAUAAAAGAUUGGCGGCCUGUCUCUUGCAGCAACGAUUCGACUCGGCCGAUGAGAAAACGAUGUCUGCAAGAAAACUUCAGAUGGGCUCACGAGCUCGCGCCGAGAAGAUUCGCACCUACAAUUUCAAAGACGAUCGCAUUACGGACCACAGGAUACAUGUAAACUUCAGUAAUAUUGAGGAAUUGAUGUGCGGCACCGAACAUUUGGACGAUUUGAUACGACGACUGAGCGAUUUCGAUCGACAAGAACGAUUAAAGCAAAUCAUUGACGAUUGCAUAGUGGAA